AUGCCGGUGCUGCGUGGUAAAUCGCAGAAAGGCCGGGGAGGAGCGGCGGCGGCAGCAGCAGCAGCAACACCGGAGCCACAAAAGAAACAGAAGAGGCAAAAGACGCAGAAGAAGAAUCCAGUGGAAGUGGUAGAGCCGAUUGCGACGAGGACAAGGAGAAGGCGGGCAGCAGCUGAGGCGGCAUUGGCAUCGCCUAAAAGUAACGAUAAGGAACAGAAAACGGGCAAUGAGAGGGUAGUAGUGGGUGUGGGUCGUAUUGUCUCGGGGGCGGUGAAAGAGGAGGAGGAUAAAAGGGAUUUAGAGGUUGGUGGAGAAAAGAAGCGGAUGGACGUGUUAGAUAGUGGUGGCAAAAGUAAUGAUAAGCCACUUCCUGCCGGCGGUGAAGAUGAGGGAACCACUUCUCCUAUUCCCGACCAGGUUCAGGUUGAGGAUUCCCCAGUGUACAAAGUAGAAAGAAAGUUGGGAAAGGGUGGCUUUGGUCAAGUCUAUGUUGGCCAACGUGUUUCUGCUGUAAAUACAAAUGAUAAAGCUGGUGCAGGAGCUGUAGAGGUGGCACUAAAAUUCGAGCAUAGAAGUAGUAAAGGAUGUAAUUAUGGACCACCGCAUGAGUGGCAAGUUUAUGACACUCUUGGUGGCAGUCAUGGUGUACCACUAGUACACUAUAAGGGUCGGCAAGGUGACUAUUAUGUCAUGGUUAUGGAUAUGUUGGGUCCAAGCCUGUGGGAUGUUUGGAAUAACAAUAUCAACUCGAACCUAAUGUCAACUGAAAUGGUUGCAUGUAUUGCCAUUGAAGCUAUGUCCAUAUUGGAAAAGAUGCACUCCAGAGGUUAUGUCCAUGGAGAUGUAAAGCCUGAGAAUUUUCUGCUCGGUCCUCCAGGAACUCCUGAUGAGAACAAAUUAUUUCUUGUUGAUCUUGGAUUGGCUACUAGAUGGCAAGAUAGUUCAACUGGGUUGCAUGUUGAGUAUGACCAAAAGCCAGAUGUUUUCAGGGGAACAGUCCGUUAUGCUAGUGUGCAUGCCCAUUUAGGGAGAACUGGCAGCAGGAGGGAUGAUUUGGAAUCGCUUGCUUACACUCUUAUUUUUCUUCUCCGUGGUCGUUUACCUUGGCAAGGGUACCAGGGAGAAAACAAGGGGUUUGUCGUUUGCAAGAAGAAGAUGGCAACAACCUCAGAAGCGCUCUGUUGCUUCUGUCCACAACCUUUCAAACAGUUCAUUGAAUAUGUCGUGAACUUAAAGUUUGAUGAAGAACCUAAUUAUGCAAAAUGCAUUUCCCUCUUUGAUGGAGUUGUUGGUACAAAUCCAGAUAUGAGGCCACUUAACACAGAAGGUGCUCAGAAGCUUAUUUAUCAGAUUGGUCACAAGAGAGGCCGGUUGGCUAUGGAGGAGGAAGAUGAUGAACAACCAAAGAAGAAGGUUCGUAUGGGCAUGCCAGCAACGCAAUGGAUUAGUGUGUACAAUGCACGCAGACCAAUGAAACAAAGGUAUCACUAUAAUGUGGCUGAUGCAAGGCUUGGCCAGCACAUCGAAAAAGGAAACGAGGAUGGCUUAUUUAUUAGCUGUGUAGCUUCAUGUCAAAAUCUAUGGGCCAUUAUUAUGGACGCUGGUACAAAUUACUCUGCACAAGUCUAUGAGCUCUCACCAUUUUUUCUUCGUAAGGAAUGGAUAAUGGAGCAUUGGGAAAAGAAUUAUUAUAUCAGUGCCAUAGCUGGUGCCAAUAAUGGAAGCUCAUUAAUAGUAAUGUCUAAAGGUACUAGUUAUAUGCAGCAGUCUUAUAAAGUUAGUGAUUCAUUUCCUUAUAAAUGGAUUAAUAAAAAAUGGAAGGAGGGCUUUUAUGUCACUGCGAUGGCCACCUCAGGGAGUAGAUGGGGAAUUGUAAUGUCCCGUGGUGCAGGAUUUGCAAAGCAGGUGGUCGAACUUGAUUUCCUUUAUCCUAGUGAAGGCAUACAUCGAAGGUGGGAUUCUGGAUAUCGUAUCACGGCAACUGCAGCUACUUGGGACCAGGCGGCUUUUGUUCUAAGUGUGCCGAAAAGGAAACCUACAGAUGAAACCCAAGAGACCCUUCGAACCUCUGCUUUUCCUAGCACUCAUGUUAAGGAGAAAUGGGCAAAAAAUCUAUAUAUCGCGUCUAUGUGUUAUGGAAGAACGACAUCAUGA